GUUUGGUCCGCCCGCGGGGUUGCGUCUUAGCUAUGCGGUCCCGGCUUCUGUUUAGGACUGCUCGGUGUCUUUGGGCGCGCCGGGCACUUGGCCCGGCCCGCCGGCACCUCAGCUGCGGCAGCCUGUCGCUGGAGGAGCUGUUCGCCCGCGGCGGGCCCUUGCGGACCUUCCUGGAGCGCCGGGCAGGGCCCGAAGCCCGGUUGCAGGUCGGGGGAUCUGAGCUGCUGGCGGCGGCCAAACUGCUGAGCGAGAAGGAGCAGGAGCUGCGGGAGACCGAGCAUUUGCUACAAGAUGAAAACGAAGACAUAAGGAAACUUGCAGAGAAUGAAAUAAUUUCAUGUCAAAAACAAAUAACUCAGUUGAAGCAUCAGAUUAUCUUACUUUUGGUUCCCUCAGAAGAAACAGAUGAAAAUGAUUUGAUCCUGGAGGUGACCGCAGGAGUUGGGGGUCAGGAGGCAAUGUUGUUCACCUCAGAGAUGUUCGAGAUGUAUCAGCGAUAUGCUACAUUUAAAAGAUGGCAUUUUGAAACCCUGGAAUAUUUUCCAAGUGAAAUAGGUGGUCUUAGACACGCAUCUGCCAGCAUUGGGGGUUUAGAAGCCUAUAAGCACCUGAAGUUUGAAGGCGGUGUGCACCGAGUACAGAGAGUGCCAAAAACAGAGAAGCAAGGCCGCAUCCAUACCAGCACCAUGACUGUGGCGAUCUUACCCCAGCCAACCGAGAUCAAUCUGGUGAUUCACCCCAAAGAUUUGAGAAUUGAUACCAAACGAGCCAGUGGAGCCGGAGGACAGCAUGUAAAUACCACAGACAGCGCUGUCCGGAUAGUUCAUCUUCCAACAGGUGUUGUUUCUGAAUGCCAACAAGAAAGAUCUCAACUGAAAAAUAGAGAGAUGGCUAUGAAAAAGCUACGUGCAAAACUGUACAGCAUGCAUCUGGAAGAAGAAACAAAUAAAAGAUACAGUGCUAGGAAGAUUCAGGUUGGAACCAAAGGAAGGUCAGAGAAAAUAAGAACAUAUAAUUUUCCACAGAACCGGGUAACAGAUCACAGAAUCCACAAGUCACUUCAUGAUCUGGAAACUUUUAUGCAAGGGGAGGAUCUGCUGGAUGAACUUGUACAGUCAUUGAAGGACUAUGCGGAUUAUGAAUCUUUAAUAGAAAUUAUUUCCAAAAAACCUUAAAUUGAUUUAUUAUUAAAGAUUUUUAUAGCUUAUGAAAAUUCUACCAUAGCGAAUUGUAUGUAAAUACUAGUGUUUUCUUAAAAAACAUGAGUUAACACAGUUGGAAGUAAUGGAAGGACAUUUAUUUGCUCAAAGUUCACUGACUGAAAUAUUGAUUUCAUCCAAAAACACCUUACGGAAACAUGAAGGGGAAUGUGGACCAAGCGUGUUGGCACCCUGCUGACACAUGGUCCAAGAGCACCCUGGCUGCUGUGCCCUGGGUGAGAAACAAGAGCAGAAGCCUGUCCCUCCACCACCCCCUCCUGACAAAGCUUAACAUGGUGCCAAACAGGUGCGGCCGCCGUGCCACGAAGCAGGACGAUGAAGGGGAAUUUGUCGCCGACAGGCAUCUAUUUGGUAACUGGCACAAACCCCCACAUGCAUUACCUAGUUUCCACAGUUGGUAAUGUUUUCAUACAUUCUUGGUGUUAGAAGUUAAAAAUAUUGCUACAUGUCACCCUUACAUAUUUCCACCUGCAUUGUUAAAAAUAAGGACAUUAUUCUACUUAAUCAUUUAUUAUCACGUGUAACAAAACUCAGUUAUUCCCUAAUAUUUUCAAAUACCCAAUUCAGAUCCAAUUCUCCCCCAAAUGUCUUAAUUGGCUUCCUCAGACCAGGAUCCAACUACGGAUCCCACAAAGAAGCUGGUGGUUAGAACAGCCCUGCCAACUGCUGCGAUGAAUUUUCAUUUGAGAAGUUCAAGCUAGUACAGUGCCAUUUAACUUGUUCCUCAAGUCACAGUACUUCCUACACACUAGAAGUUAGAGCUUAAGACUCAGCUAGUUUCGCAUACUCCCUCCCUUUCCUCUGACCCAGCAUUUUUAUCAUUAAUACAAACGAAAUCAGCCAAGUUUGAAUGCUCUGAUGUGCCGAGAUGUAUUUGAUUCUUCAAAAUACACUGACAACUGAGAAACA